AUGAAUAAGAAAAAUAAUAAUCAGAAUACCUCGGGAAAAAUUUUAAAAGGUGCAAUAUUAUCUCAAAGCUUUAUCUCAAAAGGAUACGAUACUUAUGAUGAGAUUAUGAAAUUGAAAGCGUUCUUGCAUACGGGUGAACUACAGGACCGUUUGCAAAGCGAAGAACUAUUUUUUACAAACCUUUUAUCCGAAGUGCGUGAUGACUAUAUUUCAAGGGAAGAAGAUUUUGAGAAAGUUUCUAACUCCCUUCAGCAGCAUUAUUCUACUGACCCUCUCCCAUAUCAUUGGCUUCACAAUUGCACGUUAUCCCCCAAAGUACGCAUGUAUCUCGCAGAAAAACUCUUACCAACCGUAGUCUUUGGAUUGGAACACAUUUUAAGAGAAGCGCAUCGUCGUGGCCUUUGCAAAUUACUUAAUUCUGAAACCGGCAGUGAAGACGUGGAAGUACGAAUGGAUGUAAACUUCAAUCCACUCAAUCGAUUGGCGGAAUUUCUUAUGCGAAAUAACCCGAAAUACAGUAAUAAAAUGCUGAAUACUUCUCGAUACCCCUAUACAAAGGCAAUGCGACAAGUUGAUGAUCGUUUAAAAAGGGAACUAUUUCUUCGAUCAGGAACGAAUUUAGCGAAAUACACUAUUGAAUCAGAGAAUAGAAAAAACGAGUGGGAGACAAUAAAACGGCAAAAGAAUCAAGAAUUUGCUAACAAAUGGCGUCUAAUAGAACCAAUUUUUGAUUUUUUUAGGUUAGAAGGCAAAGAUACCGUCAAUUCAAUUAUCGUACAGCAGUCUGUACGAGCAUUUAUGCUGAUAGUAAUGAAAAUGCCAAAUGACCUUUCGCUAAUUCAGCGCCCGAUCAUUUACAUCGAAAAUGUCGAAGAGAACAUUGAGAAUUAUACACUUCACGAAUUUAUGACAUUUGUUGCGUUUUAUGCGCAACCAUUAUCCAUGGAAGCUUUUCAGACUUUCGUGAAUCAUAUGCAAAGAUGUGGCAAGGAAUAUCAAGAUCAUGUGAACCGUGACAUUAAACUCGAUCAUAUUGUAGAGGUUUCAGUGAGUUGUGAUAUGGAAACGCCUGGGAUCGAUAAGCAACAACUUUAUGAGGAAUUUACUCGAUUUGCAAAAGAAGCUGAUGCGGAAAUGAAACGAAAUCUUGUGGAUCCACAUGAUUGGCGCAUUCAGGACUAUCAUCUGCGGAAUGAGAUGUCGGCUACUAGAAUAGAAGCUGUAGAAGAGGUACUCGACGAACCUAUAACUCAAAUUGAGGAUACCCAUUUAAGCACUUCGCAGGUCGCUCCUGUUAAUCCUAAUGAUAACAUAACUAGUAAUGAUGAUACUGCUGCAUAG